UUCCUCUCUUUUGGCCCUUGUGGCCUCCCAUUUGAAUGGAGAGAGCUGAUUGCUCUCAGGGAUGGCUCAAGGAAAAAAAUCGUACGGCAUAUGUUGGCACUAAAUCUCACUUGGGUGGGCCAUGGCAUAAUCAGUCAGUGAUACAGGAAACAGAAACGAAGUUGCUGGAAAAGCUCAGCAGGUCUGGCAGCAUCUGUGAAGGAAGAAUCAGAGUUAAUGUUUCGGGUCCAGUGACCCUUCCUCAGAACACGGUGAUACAGGAAAGUUGCUCUUGGCAAUUGAAGUGGCUGAGGAUGGACACUGUGACUCCAGCCUGGGUGGGCAGUGUGUUCCUCUUCAUUCACUCCGAUGAAACGGAUUUAUCAGCCAUGUACCAGGAACCCCAGCUACGCCUGAAGAUUUAUAAAGCCCUGAAACUGACGCUUGCAGAUGCCGCCGGCAGUUCCGCAGGUUUUGAAAUCCUGAAAAUUUAUGGAAGUGGCUUUGGACUUGAGCUGAAAUUUACAGAAGAAAAGAAAUGCAGGAAUUUUCUUCACAAUUACAGAAAUGACAAACUCCAGCAGGCUUUAGCCUAUCAUUUUGGAAACCAAUGCAUACCCAGCAUCACCUGUAGGACAGUGCUUAAGGCUGGCACAGUGACAUUGGAUGACAUCCUGGAUAACCCAGAAGGCUGUCUAAGGCAUAUCAAAGAGAAUGAGCCCAAUCACCUCCGCGAUGAUGAAGUUUCCAGACUGGAAGAAGACAUCAGGCGAAUGGUCCUUGAAUACAGUUCAAACUGCCAGAGCACUGAGACACAGUGCAGUGUUAAUUCAAAAACCCCAACAGUGGUCUCAACCCUUUCACCAAUCUCACCACUUUUAUCCUCGCCAUCUUCAAUCGAAGCAAAUGGAAGCCUUUUGUGCUCAACUGAUCGUUUUGAAUUUCAAGGUGUUUUAUUUGGUGAGUGUUGAGCUCCAGCUCUGCAGUUACUGGAAACUACCUACAAGAUAAUGAACAGCCGUGGCUAUGAUUUAUGAUUGGUUGGUUUGGCACACGACAAUGAUGCAUGGGAUUGUUUUCGUGCUAUUUUCUUUCUGGUGCCCUCUCCUUCAGUCUUGGUUAUAGUUCCAGGUAUGCAUGUUAGUCCAAGUUAGCUACCCUUGAUGUAUGAGCUCUGGAGAGCAUCCUUGGUGCUUGAAAUCCUGACCCACAUCUGACACGAGCACUUUCAUGUGUAGUGUUGUGAAUGAGAGAAAGAGCUGCUGCUCAGGCUGUAUAUAUUAAAUAUGCUUUGAUUUUUGGAGGCACUUUUGUAACCAUGCUCGGAAGUAUUUUCUUUCAUAGCUGCUAAAUUCAUUAAACUAACAAAGUUAGCUAUUCUUUAGUGGAUGUUAUCAAAUUUUCAGCAAACAUCCAGAAUGUAGUAAAUAUUCAUUAGCACUCCAUGCAUCAUUUUAAAUAUUUGCUCCUUUCAAUGCUGGCACAUCGUGGCUACAGUGCGUACCAUCUACUAGAUGCACUGCAGUAAUUCAACAAGAGUUCUUUGUCAAAUCUUUCAAACCUGUCACCUCCUACGGUCUCUCACAGUAAGGGUAGCAGGUGCAUGGACAAAGCACCAUCUCCAAGCUCCUCCUUCAAGUCGAUGACCAUCCGUUGCUGUUCCUUCAUCACAUUCAAAAGCCUAACUGCACUCUGGAUGUGCCUUCACUCCACAGGCUUCAAGAAAGCAGCUCCCUAUCACCCCCAUGAGAAUAUUAAGAAUUGGGCAAUAAAUAUUAGCCUUGCAAGCAACACCCUCAUUCUGUGAACGGAAUAAAGAGGAAAACAAAUGAACAAA